UCAUAGGUCAGUGCAUCCUUGACUUCCUGGGCUCAAGCGGUCCUGCCACCUCAGCCUCCCAAAAUUCGGGAUUACAGACGGGUGCUCUUGAGAGCCUGGAGGGUGGAGGCGGGGUUUUCCUGCGGAAGCGCCCCUGGAGUCGCUCUCUAAUCGCCUCGGAACCUGGGAAACUACAUUACCCAGAAAGCUCUGCGCCAAAUGACAGCGUGGCAGAGCCAGUUAGGGCUCAGAUUGAAGGCGGUUCGGCGAGGGCACGUAAUGAAAAGGUGGGACUUCCGGCUCUCUCCAGUAGCGGCCAUUUGGUUUGGCGUUAGUGUUGUUUGUUGGGUGAGAGCCCUGGAAGGUCGAGAGUCGGCCUUCUAUCUGUACAGACAUAACUCUGCAGCUCCUUCACGGCGCCCACCGCUCCCAACCCAGCUUAUCCCACGUGGUUCCAUGGCGGAGGCUGCUCCGAGGUUCCCGGUUCAGGGCACAGUGACUUUUGAAGACGUGGCUGUGAAAUUUACCUGGGAGGAAUGGAAUCUCCUUAGUGAGGCUCAGAGAUGUCUGUACCGUGAUGUGAUGCUGGAGAACCUGGCACUUACAUCCUCCCUGGGUUGUUGGUGUGGAGUGGAAGAUGAGGAGGCACCUUCUAAGCAGAGUAUUUAUGUGCAAAGAGAGACUCAGGUCAGGACUCCUACAGCAGGUGUGUCCUCCAAGAAGGCUCACCCCUGUGAGAUGCAUGGUUCGAUCUUGGGGGACAUUUUGCACAUGGCAGAUCAUCAGGGAACACAUCACAAGCAGAUAGAGCACAGGUUUGAGGCAUGGGGGAGUAAAUCGUUUGACAGUACAAACUUUCAUCGGCACACGAAUCAGUACAUUGGAGAGAAACCCUAUAGAAUCAGUGUUGAGGAAGCGUUGUUUGUGAAGAGGUGUAAGUUCUAUGAGUCAGAGGAGUCAUCUGUCUUCAGUCAGAGUGUUAAGGACUUUUUGCCCAGGUCAGGAUUACUUCAGCAAGAGGUCAUUCACACUGGGAAGAAGUCAGACAGUAAAACCGAGUGUGAAUCACCCUUUCACAGGGGGAAAACUCGUUACAGCUGUGGAGGAUGCAUGAAACAUCUUAGCACCAAAAAUGUUCUUGGUCAGCAUCAGACAUGUCCCCCUAGAGAAGAAUGUUAUGUGUGCUGUGAAUGUGGGAAAUUCUUUAGCAAACAUGAUAGCUUUAGUAAUCAUCAGAGAGUUUGCACUGGAAAAAUAGCUCAUGAAUGUGGAGAAUGUGGGAAAUCUUUUAGUUCAGAAGGACAUCUUAGGAGCCAUCAACGCGUUCACACUGGAGAAAGACCUUAUGAGUGUGGAGAAUGUGGGAAAUCUUUUAGUCAUAAGCGCAGCCUUGUUCACCAUCAGCGAGUUCACAGUGGAGAAAAACCUGCAUGUGGGAAAUCUUUGAGUCAAAAGGGUAACCUCAUUCUACACCAGCAAGUUCACACUGGAGAGACAGCUUAUGACUGUGGGGAGUGUGGGAAAUCUUUUAGUCAGAAGUACAUUCUUAUUCAACAUCAACAAAUUCAUAAUGGAGAAAGACCUCAUAAGUGUGGAGAAUGUGGGAAAUGUUAUAGUCAAAAGAGCAAACUUACUCAACACCAGCGAGUUCACACUGGAGAGCGGCCUUAUGAGUGUGGGGAGUGUGGGAAAUCUUUUAGUCAGAAGUGCAUUCUUAUUCAACAUCAACGAAUUCAUAAUGGAGAAGGACCUCAUAAGUGCGGAGAAUGUGGGAAAUGUUAUAGUCAAAAGAGCAAGCUUACUCAACACCAGCGAGUUCACACUAGAGAGACAGCUUAUGAGUGUGGGGAGUGUGGGAAAUCUUUUAGUCAGAAGUACAUCCUUAUUCAACAUCAACGAAUUCAUAAUGGAGAAAGACCUUAUAAGUGCGGAGAAUGUGGGAAAUGUUAUAGUCAAAAGAGCAAACUUACUCAACACCAGCGAGUUCACACUGGAGAGGGAGCUUAUGACUGUGGGGAGUGUGGGAAAUCUUUUAGUCACAAGUACAUCCUUAUUCAACAUCAACGAAUUCAUAAUGGAGAAAGACCUUUUAAGUGCGGAGAAUGUGGGAAAUGUUAUAGUCAAAAGAGCAAGCUUACUCAACACCAGCGAGUUCACACUGGGGAGCGGCCUUAUGAGUGUCGGGAGUGUGGGAAAACUUUUAGGUACAAUUCACACCAUUUUGUACACCAGAGAGUUCACACUGGAGAAAAACCUUAUACAUGUGUGAAGUGUGGGAAAUUAUUUUACACUAAGUCUCACCUCCUUGUACACCAGAGAAUUCACACUGGAGAGAAGCCAUAUGAGUGUGAGGUUUGUCAGAAGUUUUUUAGGAAAAAGUACCACCUGACUGCACACCAGACAGUUCACACUGGAGAAAGACCAUAUGAAUGCAGUGAUUGUGGGAAGUCAUUUGCCUACAGGUCUACAUUCCGUGUUCAUAAGAGAGCUCACACUGGUGAGAAGCCUUUUGAGUGUAGUGAAUGUGGCAAAUCUUUUGCCGAAAGCUCCAGUCUCACGAAACACAAGAGAGUUCACACUGGAGAAAAGCCUUAUGGAUGCAGUGAAUGUGGAAAGAAAUUUAGCCAAAGCUCCUCACUUUGUAACCAUCAGAGAGUCCACAAAAGAAACGCCUAUGAGUGCAGUGAAUGAGUCCAGUCUCAUUAAAUACACAAGAGUACACAUUUGAGUAAGGAUUUGUGAUUGCAGCUAAUGUGGAAAAUGUUUACCUGAUGAUCUGCUCUCCUUGGACAUUGGAGAAUUCACACUAGAGAAAAGUCCUUACAAGUAAAAUAAAUUGGGGCAGUUUUGUAGCCACACCUCUGUAUUCCUUCAGGAUUAUAGUUAACACUAGAUCAAGGCCUUACUUGUUUGACAAAUACAGGAUAUUUAUCCAGAAGUCUAGCUUCAUAACUCACGGAAGAGCCUUCCCUAUGAAAAUGCCUUUUGAGGGAAAUAUUUGCCAAAAAGCCUUCUGCCUUCUCUCAUUGGAUCCUAGAACAUUGACAUGAGAAAAACACUGUCGAUUUAUAGGGAUUGUUAUUAUUUUUUCUUUUUUUUUUGGAUACAGGGUCUUUGUCACCCAGGCUGGAGUGCAGUGGUGCGAUCAUAGCUCACUUCAGCCUCCAUGUAGCUGGGUCCACAGGCACCUACCACCACACCUGGCUAUUUUCUUGUAUUAGUAGAGGUAGGGUUUUACCAUGUUUCCUAGGUUGUUGUCUCAGCAUCUGAAAGUGCUGGGAUUAGAGGCAUGAGCCACUGUGUCCAGCCAAUUAUGUGUUUUUCAUUGUAAUAUUGUAGGAGAUCUUUAAGGGUACCAUGUGCCUAGAUUGACUGUCAUACAUUGGAAAUCAGCAAAAAUUCCAUGUAUGUGGCAGCUGCAUUGCAGUUUUUACUUUGCCCUAUUAUCUUGCUAGACUUAAGUGACUACCACUUCUCUGGCAAAAGCCAUUAUGCCUCGGCCACAUGGUAGGUGCUCACAUUGCAUCAUUCACCUACCUCGUUAAGUUUUUACAUUUCUAUUUUUUCGUAGAGUUAGAAUCUUGCUGUGCUGCACAGGCUGGUCUCAAAAUCAAAAAAAGAAAUCUUUUUGAUUUCUUUAAUUUUUAAUUCCUGAUCUAGUCACAGAAAUAUUUGUUCAAUAUCCUCAGCACUUCUUCCUUUUCCAUUUUUUUCUGUGGACCUUCCCCAUUUUUGUCCCGUAGGACUCUUGUGCUGACUUGAAAAUUUGGACUACUUUGGCCGGUGCGGUGGCUUAAGCCUGUAAUCCCAGCACUUUGGGAGGCCAAGGUGGGGGGAUCACGAGGUCAGGAGUUCAAAUGAGCCUGGCCAAUAUGGUGAAAUCC